AUGGACGCGAAGGACAUACUAGGGCUUCCGAAGACCCCCUUCUCGUCCUCCCAGGAGAAGAAAUCGCGGCCGCCCAAGGAGCCUCAGCGCAAGCCUGAUGGCGUCUCGCGCGAGGUCUAUGCCCUCACUGGAGGGGUGGGAAUGGCCCCGCUCAUGCCGACCAUCGAGGCAUCCCACCUGAAGCGGCGGCCUGCUGCGGAGAAAGAGAAGGUAGCAUGGCAGUGGUUACCUUUCAAGUCAUCUGCACGAACUGAUAACCUUCAACUCUAUCACUGGGUUAGUGUUGUUAAUGGUAUUCAGCCAACUGGUGAUUAUCAGUUUGCAAAAUAUAACAAGGAUUGGAGCAAGGAAGAAACAGAUCAGCUAUUUGAAUUAUGUGAACGAUUUGACCUUCGCUUCAUAGUAAUAGCAGAUAGGUUUCCAACUGCUCGCAGUGUGGAAGAUCUGAAGAGUCGUUACUAUUCUGCUUCUCAGACUCUUCUAAUUCAUAGAGCUAGGUCAUUCGAAGAUGUUUCUGGGAAUCCCCUUGUGAAGGAUACCUAUGAUGCUGCUCAUGAGACUGAGAGGAAGCGUGCAUUAUCAGCACUUCUCUCCCAAACAAAGCAGCAAGAACGAAAGGAUGCCGAGACUUUAGCAGAUGCAAAACGUAUUAUGGAAUCUCGUGCUGCUAGCAAAAAUGUUGAUGAAGCUGUAAUGCCUCCGAGCUCUGAUAAUGCUAUGGUUCCUGUUGAUGGUGUAUCUCCAUCAAGCAGCACUCAUCCAUCUUUAGCGCAUCCAAAUACAACAGCUAACACCUUGAUACCUAAUUCACUACGAACGCUUCGAGUGUAUUUGAGAACCCAUGCCCUUGACCAAAUGGUUCAAGCAGUAGGUGCUUCAGCUGGCCUUAGAGUUAUCAAAAGGGUUGAUCAGACACUACAAGAGCUAGGGGUGAAUUUGAAGCCUAAGGUUCCAACGAAAGCAGUUUGCAUAGAACAUAUUGAACUGCGGAAUGAGCUACUCACAUUGCUUAACCUACAAAAGCAGCUGCAAACUAAAGAGGCUGAAGUUUCAGCUAACCGGGAAAGUUCCUUCACAGAGGCACCAAGCACACCUAAGCGUUCUAAAAGGGACAUUGAUCGGCCCUUCAUCCAUGAUACAAUUGGGUUUACAGGUGAAAGAGCAGGCAAACGGGACCACAAGCGGAAGACCACUGGAAGAUUUAUAGAUGCGCCUCCAUCACCACCCCAGUCCAAGCGGCCUAGAAAAUUGAAGGGAUCUGACUGA